UCUCAGCAAACACUGUAUGCAGCAGCAAACCACGGAUACAUGUUGCCUAUGUUUAAAGAAACUAAAGGCACUUGACUUUAUCCUCCACGACAGCAGGUGGUGCUAAAAGUAACUUGCUUCCAUCGAGCUACCAUCGCCGAACAAGAGCUGAGAAGUGAAAGCGUUUUAAAAGACAGAAUGUUCACUUUUGCGAAAGCUAAACUAGCAGCAGUGCUCGGGAUAGGACGGCAGUGUGGUGCACUGAGGGCACUCAAUGGAGCGCAAGCGGUGCGCAGAGGAUUCGCGUCCUCCGAACGAGACGAGGAACCCAGCACUUCUGAAAACGAGCUCUUUGAUAUUAUUAUAUCCGGCGGGGGAAUGGUGGGCACCGCUAUGGCGUGUUCUUUGGGUCUAGAGCCAAAUUUGGCAGGGAAAAAGAUUCUUCUGCUGGAAGCUGGUCACAAAAAAGAGAUGGACAGGGUUCCAGAGACCUACAGUACACGGGUCAGCUCCAUCAGCCCAGGCUCAGCAACGCUUCUUAGUGGUCUCGGUGCUUGGGACCAUAUUGUAAAUAUGAGAUGCAAGCCAUAUAAUAAAAUGCAGGUUUGGGAUGCUUGUUCAGAUGCCCUGAUUACAUUUGAUAAGGAGAAUCUGCAGGACGAGAUGGCGUACAUCGUUGAGAACGACGUCAUUGUGGCCGCCCUCACCAAACAGCUGCAGACUCUCUCUGACCAUGUUGAAGUGCAGUACCGAACAAAAGUGGUGAAGUACACCUGGCCCCAUCCUUACCAUGUCUCUGAGUCCAUCCCUUGGGUUCAGGUGACUCUAGCUAAUGGAAAGACUCUCCACACCAAGCUGUUGAUUGGUGCUGAUGGGCCGAACUCAAUGGUGCGGAGAGAGGCUGGCAUCCCAACAGUCAAAUGGAAUUACGAUCAAUCCGCAGUUGUCGCUGUUCUGCAUUUGUCUGAGCCCACAGAAAAUAACGUAGCCUGGCAGAGGUUCCUACCAACCGGACCCAUUGCAAUGCUUCCUUUGUCAGACACGGAGAGCUCGCUGGUCUGGUCCACCAGUCAUCAGCAUGCUGAAGAACUUCUACAGCUGGAUGAAGAGAGCUUUGUGGAUGCCAUUAACUCUGCAUUUUGGAGUAAUGAGAACCAUUCUGAGCUGGUGGAGACUGCCGGCUCUCUGUUUCGGACGGCCCUUUCUGUCCUGAUGCCUGACAGUGGCUCUGCACGUCAGCUUCCACCUAGCGUUGCAGGUAUUGGCCCAAAGAGCCGGGUCAUGUUCCCGCUAGGCAUGGGCCAUGCCACAGAAUACAUCCGCCACAGAGUGGCCAUCAUUGGAGAUGCUGCACACAGAGUCCAUCCUUUAGCAGGCCAAGGUGCCAAUCUAGGCUUUGGCGAUGUGGCCCAUCUCACAAAAGUUCUUAGCCAAGCAGCAUUUAAUGGAAAAGACCUUGGAGCCAUGCAGCACUUGUUGGAGUUCGAGACUGAAUGUCAGCGACACAAUCUUCCUAUGAUGGCAGCCGUUGACCUCAUGAAGAGACUGUACUCCACUAAUGCCGCCCCUAUGGUUCUAUUGAGAACCUUUGGCCUGCAGGCUACCAACACACUGCCUCCACUUAAAGAGCAGAUCAUGGCCUACGCCAGCAAGUAAAACACUAGCUGCAAACUGGAUGUUUGCUGGAUCUCUAACGUUAGAAGAUUUUGUUCAUGGAAUGUAUGUGUAAAUUAAUAAAUUAUUUUUUAUUCCA